CGCUUUACGCAUCUUUCCUUGAUCUCUACUCAUGGCGAAAACCCACCUUCUCCCAGUCUCAGGCCUCAGACUCUAUCAGACGACGCCUGUCGUACUCUGUACUUCGGGGAAGUAUGUCCCAUUGUGGUAAAAGGAAGGAACAGCCAUAUCACUGUGCAAAAGUUAGCAGAAAUAUUCUAGAGACCUAACACACCAAUGGAUCUUGCCUCGGCGAAACACCGUUCACCUGCUUUUGGAACCUUUGGAAGGACGGAAUUUACUUCUUAGGGCCUGGUCUGGAUUCUUAUCAGACUAUCGCUGCGGUGACCUAUCGAUGUCUCCGUCUCAGACAAAACACUUUGAACUGGACUUCUCUCUACCUCGCGGCAUGUCCGCUGUAGCACUUAUACGGCGACCAAGGUUCUGCUCCUCCACGAAGACAUUCGUAUCAACCGACCGACCAUACCAUGUCUCAGGACGUAUUUCCCCGUCCAUCCACUCCGAUUGAGCUCUCUCCUUUAUCUCUAACACCAGCUCCUCAUCUUGCCGUAUCAGAAUCGCCUCAAAUGGACCAUGUUGCCGAACAACUCGUUCCACGAUCUGCGCGGAACGAGACGUCACUACACCCUGUAGACGGUGGAUGGCGAGCUUGGUUGUUUCUCGGUGGUGCUUUUCUCGUCGAAACAUUUGCUUGGGGGUUCCCUACAUCCUACGGUGUCUUUCUCUCUGCAUACCUCAGUGAUCCAGAGUGGUCCUCCCAGCCUCGUGCAGACUAUCUUCUCCCUCUUAUCGGCACGCUGAUCUCGGGACUGAUGUAUGUCGCUAGCUUCUUCCUGUGCCCUCUCGCAAAUCGUUUUCCACGGUACAGGAGGGCCAUGAUGUGGACCGGGGCCGUCCUAUGCUGGGUAUCUCUUUUUGGAGCUAGUUAUGCAACCGAUGUCCGUCAACUCGUCGGACUACAAGGUUGUCUGUACGCUAUAGGAGGAGCUAUGCUCUAUGCUCCCAUCCCAGACUUUCUGCAGGAGUGGUUCGUUAAACGUCGUGGCCUCGGCUACGGCGUUAUAAAUGCAGGGACUAGCUUCGCUGGAGUUUUCUUCCCCUUAGUCCUUCCUGCCUUGUUUUCCUCCUUUGGAACUGCGCAGACGCUUCGUUAUCUGUCAAUCGCUCUAACGGGAUUCACCGCCUUCGCCCUUCUUCUAAUACGCCCUCGACUUCCGGAGCGUCGAGACUCAAAAUGGUGGCUUUUGAUUCUCAUCAACACGAUCCAAGGCUUUGUCUACUACGUCCCCAUUGUCUGGCUGCCCACUUAUGCGUCAGCAUUAAAUGUGUCGACGACGAUCUCGUCACUCUCAGUCGCCCUUCUGAAUGGAUCUUCUGUUCUAUCCCGCUUGUGCAUGGGUAGCCUCUCUGACCAUGUCUCCCCGUGGAUCCUUGCGCUGAUAAUGUGCGCGAGCUCGUCUUUGGCAACGUUUGUCCUAUGGGGAGUCACUGGCCAUGCCGUGGCCGGUUUGCUUGUUUUUGGGAUUGUGUAUGGAAUUGUAGCCGGAGGAUGGUUUGUGCUUUGGGGAGCGUUUGUCAAAGCUAUUGCCAAGGACAAUCCCACGUCGUCCAUGAUGCUAAUUGGUAUUCUCAUGUUAUCGACCGGUCUGGGAAGUAUCCUGUCAACACCCAUCUCUUCCGCACUGUCUUCAUCUGGUACAUCCUACGACAGAAGCCAGCACUCAAACGCUCGCAGCGGCUUUGGAGUCGAAGGUGGAAGAUUUGAGACGAUGAUAGUUUACGUGGGUACUUGUUUUGCGGGCGCAGCGUUAGUGGCGUUACUUGGUUGGAGUAGUGAGAGAACAGGGUUCCCUUUGAGGGCGAGAGGAGAUGGCACUGUGACUGUUGUUUAGCACUGAAGGGCCACAACAAUGCAAUGUGGCCCCGGGCCGAUGCUAUUCCUAGCGGAGCCUAAAGUUAGAACUUGCAUUGGUUCUGAGGGGAGAUGCAUCGUCAUGGCACGGACCGACACGACGCUCUUUGAUUCUUUUCAACUUUACGCAUCUGACAAAACGUGUCGCGUGUCCCCUGCUUUACUGUCUCAUUUGACAGAACAAAAAUACCAUCCAAUGCGGCCACAACGCCCACCGUUGAUGACCUAUUUUGCCUCACAC